ACCAGUGUCUUAUCGACAAUGUUGCUGGUCUCCAUGGAGCACUUGAUCGUUUUGAUCAUUUACGCUUUGACAGUUUGCUCCACGAAUGGCCAACCGAAACACCAACUUCCUCAGGAGCCCGGAGAAGCUGCAACGGUUUUCGAGAACUUUGAAAACGUCGUUGCUAUUUUCGACAUUGACAAGGAUGGAGACCUUGAUUGCCUUACGGCCGUGCGGAGAGACUACAACAGAAGUACACGGAGUACUAAAUAUGUGUGGAUUCUCAAAGGACUGCAUGGUCAUCAACCGCGCAAUGUUACAUAUCUAGUUCUAGCGGGACCGAAGCGCGGCCAGUUUAUGUUCAAGAACCUAGAUGAUGACGGGCCUCUUCGGAUGGGUAGCUACGACUACUCAGACUACAAAAACUGCAUCGUCAUGCGAAUUCCUUACAACAACGGGGAAGAAUGCGUACUUUGGGUGACCGAACAAGUCAAGAACAACAUUCCGCAAAAUUGCAUGGAUUACUACGAAGACAACUGCGACAACGCUAAGCAGGCAUACGACCCGGAGAGUUGUGAGAGUGUCCAUGGUUAAAAAUGGAGGGACACAAAUAUUUCUGCUUUGAAGCAUUCAAAGCUCGAAGUUCUGCUUAAUCUUCGUGCAUCUUUACUAAAUAAAAAAAAUACAAAACAUUGCUUUUCAGUCA